AUGGCCGAAAAUACCCUUAUGAAGGAAAUCCAGGCUAAGGUGGAAACAUUAUUCACUUUAAUGGACAACAAUGAACAGAGAUUUAAAAGCAUUGAACAAGCUCUUACAACCUUACCAUUUAUUCAGCAAUCUUUGCAAGGCCUAUCUCAAAUGAUCGAAACAUUUCAGACUCUUAAACCUCAGGGUGAAUCAUCUACAUUGCAGUCUGUACCUGAUGAUUCUCCUCAUGACCUUGCUCAAACCUCACUGGACACCUAUUCAGUGAGGAACAUAAAAAUUGAUUUUCCAAGGUUUGGAGGAACUGACGCUUGGCAGUGGAUCUUUCAAGCUGAGCAGUUUUUUGGCUAUUAUGCAGUACCUGAUAAACAUAGAUUGAAAAUUGCUUCUGUCCACUUUGAUGGACCGGUUGUCCCAUGGUUUCAACGACUACAGAAAUCAGGGAAAUUAACUUCUUGGGAAGUACUCACUACAGCCUUGGAGAAAAAUUAUGGUCCAUCAGCCUUUGAUUGUCCAAGAUAUUCACUGUUUCGUCUGACUCAAGAUGGUACGAUGGCUCAAUUUUUUGAUCAAUUUACUGCAUUGGAUAAUAGAGUUCAGGGUGUUCCGGAUGACAUUUUAUUGGACAGUUUUGUUAGUGGUUUAACUAAAGAAUUACAAGCAGAAAUCAUUCCAUGGCAUCCCGAGGAUUUGGAUCAGGCAAUAUCCUUAGCAAGAUUGUUUGAGGAAAAGCUGCAGUUGGGAAGGAAACAAAGUUACAGCACAAACAUGUUUAUACCUGAUACAAAAUUGAAACCUAUAUCAGUUACAGCUCCUGUGGGGAAUACUUCUACUAUAGUGUCUUCAGGACAAAAAUUAUUAGGAAUGGCCAAUUCCACUACAGGCAAUGUUACCCACCGCCCACCAACAACAUUCCGCAGAAUGGGAUUUCAGGAAAUGCAGAUUAGGAAAUCGAAGGGGCUAUGUUUUAAUUGUGAUGAAAAAUACUCACCUACACAUAAGUGUCCUAACAAGCGACUUCUCUUACUCCAAUGGGAUGACGAUGAUAACACAAUUUAUGACAGUGAAUUCUUUAUUGACCCACAUCCACCAGAUGAGGUACAGGAGCUUAGUACAAAAAACAAUACUAAAAUGUCUCUCAAUGCAAUGUCUAGUUCCACAGUAUCAGGAACUAUGAGAUUCACAGGAAAUCUGGGUGGACAACAGGUUAAUAUCCUGCUGGAUGGUGGCAGUGAUGAUACAUUUAUUCAACCUCGUGUCGUCAAGUUUUUGAAAUUGGAUAUACUACCUACAACACCGUUGAGGGUCCUAGUGGGCAAUGGUCAGACUUUAAAUGUGGAAGGACAAAUUCCUGAGUUAACUAUUGAUGUACAGGGAUAUACAUUGCUAGUACUUGCUUUUGUGUUAGCAAUUGAAGGAGCUGAUCUGAUAUUGGGUACAUCUUGGUUGGCAAAGUUAGGGCCUCAUGUCGUAGAUUAUGACAAGAAAGUUAUUCAGUUUUAUCAUAACAAUCAAUUCAUGAUUUUGAAAGGGGAAAAAAGUUCAAAACCUGUUUUUGCUUCAGUGAAUCAAUUAAGCAGGUUGUGUUGUACUCGAGCAGUGAGUGCAUGCUAUUCCUUACAAAUAAUUCAGGAUUCUAAUUCAAGUCUUCCACUACAAACAACAGAUACAGAUCUAUUUACAGAAAUUCAGAACAGCUUACCCUUGGAGACUCCACCUGAAUUAGUGGCAUUAUUAUUAAAGUUUCAGAUGGUCUUUUCUAAUCCUAUGACUUUACCUCCUUCAAGGAAUUGUAAUCAUCAAAUUCCUUUAAUUCCAGGCAGUGCACCCGUAAAGGUGAAACCAUAUCGAUACCCUCACAGUCAAAAAGCAGAAAUUGAGAGGAUGGUGACGGAAAUGUUGAGCGAAGGGUUGAUUGAGCAUAAUACAAAUGAGUUAUAUGGGGCAGUGUAUUUCUCUAAACUUGAUUUAAGGUCCGGUUAUCACCAGAUCUUAGUACAUCCAGAAGACAAAUUUAAAACAGCAUUUCGAACUCACCAACAUUAUCAAUGGUUAGUUAUGCCAUUUGGCCUUUCGAAUGCCCCUGCAACAUUUCAAAAUCUUAUGCACCAAGUUUUCCAUUUUGCACUGCGCAAGUAUGUGUUGGUCUUCUUCGAUGACAUCCUUAUAUAUAGUACAGAUUGGGACCUUCAUCUCCAACAUCUUGAGAGUGUACUUUCUACAUUAAUGCAUCAUCAAUUGUUUGCCAAACUAUCUAAAUGCAGUUUUGGCAGGUUCCAAAUGGAGUAUUUGGGCCAUAUAGUCUCAAACAAAGGGGUGGAGAUGGACCCUUCUAAAAUUGCUGCCAUUGUUCAAUGGCCUAUUCCUCAAACUCUGAAACAAGUUAGAGCUUUCUUGGGGCUGAGUGGGUAUUAUCGGAAAUUUAUAAAGCAAUAUGCUUCGUUGGCCAAACCACUCACUGAUUUACUAAAAAAGGAUUCCUUCUGUUGGUCUGAGACUACACAACAAGCAUUUAAUAUACUUAAACAGGACAUGAUUUCUGCACCAAUCCUGGCAUUGCCAGUUUCACCAAACCUUUUGUACUUGGAACUGAUGCUUCGGGGGUGGCUAUUGGGGCAGUCUUAA